AUGAGCAAGCCACCUCCAUCAUUUCCUUGGCGGUUUCAAAUGCAGCAACAAGAUAGCCAAUUUCAAAGAUUUUUGGAUGUUUUGAAGCAACUGCACAUCAACAUACCUCUGGAGGAAGCUUUGGAACAAAUGCCUAAUUAUGUGAAGUUCUUGAAGGAUACUUCGAGAAAGAAGAGGAGGCUUGGUGAAUUUGAAAUGGUUGCUUUGACUAAAGGUUGUAGUGCUAUUUUGAAGAAUAAAAUUCCUCCAAAGUUGAAGGAUCCAGCAAGGCCAACUACACUAACCUUGCAAUUAGCUGACUGUUCUAUGGUGCAUUCGGAGGGAAAGAUUGAAGACUUCCUAGUACAAGUUGACAAGUUCAUUUUUCUAGCUGAUUUUAUUAUUCUUGACUAUGAGGAUGAUAGGGAUGUAUCGAUCAUUUUGGGGAGACCAUUUCUUGCUACCGGAAGGACAUUUAUAGAUGUUAUAGAAGGAGAGCUCACUAUUCGAGCUCAAGACGAACAAGUCUCAUUCAAUAUUUUUAAUCCUAUAUGCUCUCCUAAUGAAGUUGAAGCUUGCUUGGCCAUGAGUGCUUCUAACUUCAAGUUGAUGGAAAAGAUGCAUGAAAGUCAUAGCAAAUGA